CGGUUGCAGCGCGCGACCGCGAUUUUUGACCGUCCCUGGUAGAGCUCCCUCCUCCCCCCACCGUCUUGGUCCCCAGCGGGUGCUGUUACAGAAAGACUUUCCACCCCUCCCCCCCUCCAUCGGGAACCGUCGCCGAGAGACCAUCCCUCACUUCCCGCAUCGGGAACCGUCAUUGACAAUUCCCACCUCCGCCUCCAAAGGGAACCGUGACCGAGAGAUUCCUCGUCCCGUACUGGGAACCGUUAUCUAGAGAUACCACCCCUCAUCCCCAUCUCAAUCCCCCUCAUCGGGAACCGUCACCGAGAUAUCCUUUUUUUCCUCCCUCACCGGAAGCCUUCACGAUGGAGGUUUUCCUGCAAGAGCAUCGAAAAUACUACUACUACCAGGAGCGCCUGGACACCUUUAAGAACUGGCCCUUCACCAAUGAUUGUGUGUGUACUCCGGAGAAUAUGGCAGCAGCAGGUUUUAUUCACACCCCAAGUGAGAAUUGUCCUGAUGUUGCUCAGUGCUUCUUUUGCUACAAGGAGUUGGAAGGAUGGGAACCUCAAGAUGAACCAUUAGUUGAACAUCAAAGCCAUUCUUCAAAGUGUGCUUUCAUCCUGCUGAAGAAGAAAUUCGAAGAUUUAACAACAGAAGAGUUUCUCAAAUUGGACAAGGAAAGAGUAAAGAAUAUCAUGAAGAAACAAGUCUCUGAAAGAAUUCAGUCGUUCGAGCAAGAGGCAAAAGUUACAAGAAGCACAAUAGAAGACUUUGUUGCUAAAGAUUGCUAGUGAUGCAAGAUUUUUUUUAAAAAGUCUUUUCCUAGAGAGAAAUCUGAUCAACUUAUUUGAGCUUUUGAAAGAAUCCUCAAAUUGAGGAUUAUGGCUAUGUAUUGUACAGCAUACUUUUAGAAUUGUCUGUUAUCAUCUAAAAUGUUCCUUGUCCCAUCCCUUCCAGGUAAAAUGUCUAGACAAAGUGAUUUCUUGUUACUUUAGUCAAAACUAUUUAAGUCUUGAUUUUCUUUUCCUAUUCUGGUUAAGGUAAUGUGUCAUUGUAUUAUUAUCGAAGUCAGGUCAUUGCUAUCAGCAGAAAUGUUAAGAGGCUUAGGGCAGAAUUGUUCCAGAGGGAUGGGAUCCAUUUUUGGAGUCAUAGCUAUUUCACUUUACCACAUCUAUCUUCAAUCUACGUUUAUAUCACUGCUGACACUAUCACACUUAUCUAGGGCUAUUGAUCAAAGUCAUUUAAGGAUUUAUUGCCUUGUAAGAUAUAGUAGACUUGUAUUCAUAAUGUGGAUGACUUGACUGUUUUGGUUCUUAAUGCAUUAAUGGUCUAAGCUUUGUAAACCUACUGUAUUUAUAUUGUGGAUCUACUGCUGAAUUGUCAACUAAAUCAACUAUUCUCAGCAUUCUUGACAAGGAGUAUAGAUGGAUGAGUAAAGAGCAGUGUGUUGCAGGCCUGUACUGUGACUGACAAGAGAAUGAUUUAAAUAUUUGCGGCUGUAAUUGAUAACUCAAUCUUAUUAUGUGGCUGGUUAGCUGAGUUGGUUAGAGUUUUGUGCUAAUAAUGUCAAGGCUGCAGGUUUGAUCACCGUAUGGGCCUGCAAAAAGUUUGUAGUGGUAGAGUCCCUACAUUUGCAGGCCCAGGUUCAAGUCCCACCUUCUCCAGAGGUGUGUGCUAACAUCUCUGAACCAAUUAGAGCACAUACCUAUUUGCCCCUACUUUCAGCCAGACAGUCUUAGCUGUAUGUCUGAUUCAGGAAUUAAUUGACAUGCAUGUUUUUUUAUCUUCCAGAAACUGUGAUUUGGUAACUCACUGUACUAUCCUAAAUUAUGGCACAAUUAUUCUUGUCAAAAUCACACUAUCCAUCUGUUUUUAUAUGUGAAGUUUUAAUCUCUAAAUAACAGUGGGCUAAGUGCUGAGAUUGUAAAGAAGACACUGAUUCAAAUAAUUUUGAAAUUAAAUAAAACAAAUGAAAACUCACUUUUUGUUGGGUAAGAGUCAACACAUAUGGAGCAAGAUGGGUACAUGGAGUGAGGAUCCUGAUCAGCAAUAUCCUAACUAAAAGUUGGAACAGGCUUGAACAGCUGGAUAGUGUACUAUUCCUUAAUAUUCUCUGUCAGGUAUUCUUUUACGUUAUUUCACUUGGAUUAUUGAGGUAGUCCUUGGGUUGCGAAUGGGUUUGUUCUUGUGUAAUUGUAUCUUUAUAAGCAAAUCUGAACACCAUAGAGUAAAAUAGCUGGUUGUAAGUAUGAGGGAAUUUGUAUGUUGGAUCUUUAAAAAUUAACACACUUCUGUAUGGGAUCUUGUUCAUAAGUACAUGCAUUUGUAAAUUGGAGACUGCCUGGAGAAUUCUGAUAAUUGCAUUAUGACAAGUGGAGGGAUUUUAUCAUGUAACUUUACCAAGAAAAUUUUAAUGUGUUGCUUUGACAAAGAUGUGACUGAUACAUUUAUGAAGAUAUGGUUUAGAAGCAGGAGUGGACAAUUUAGCUGAUUGUAUGACUGUUGGCUGUAAUCUGUACUCUGAACAAAAAAGUCAAAUUGCCCUAUAAUAA